UUAAAUAGUUAAAAACCUAAAAAGUGCAAUAAAAAAAUAUUUAACCAACAAAAAAAAAUCAAAAGUUGAAAACUGAACUUGGACAAUGGAUUUUAACUUGGAUAUCAAGCCAAACACGCCGCAUUUUUAUCGUCAAUACGCCACGAGCGUCGACGACGAAAUUGUGAUAUCCGGCGUCAGUGGGCGCUUCCCGAACUCGCAUAAUGUCGCGGAAUUCGCGUAUAAGCUCCACAACAAGAUCGAUUGUUGCGACGACGAUGAACGACGUUGGCGUCAUCGUGCCGGAAUCCCAAAGCGUCAAGGAAAAGUUUACGACUUGGAGAAAUUUGACGCGCAAUUUUUCGGAUUUAAUCAUCGUUUGGCGAACGCAACGGAUCCGCAAACGAGAUGUUUGGUCGAACAUGCCUACGAGGCAGUUUUGGAUGCCGGAGUGAAUCCCGUGGAUUUAAAGGGAUCCAAUACGGGCGUUUAUACUUCCGUUUGUACGAUGGAGUCGACGGAAGGUAUUGUCGAUAUUGGCAUUUUUGAUGGGUAUACGAUUGUGGGACAGAAUCGUGGAAUGUUGGCAAAUCGAAUUUCGUAUGCGUUGGAUUUGAAUGGACCGUCGUUUGUGGUUGAUUCGGCUUGCAGUAGUACCAUGAUGGCGCUUAAUUGUGCCUAUACGGCAAUCCGUAAUGGAGAAUGUGACGCGGCGAUUGUUGGAGGUUCGAAUUUGACUCUUGCUCCGUUGACGUCGUUGCAGUUUGCAAGACUUGGCGUUCUUGCAAUGGACGGAUAUUGUCGCCCAUUUGACAAAAACGCAAGCGGUUACACUCGUUCCGAGGCAAUUUCCGCAAUUUUCAUCCAAAAACGAAAAUUAGCAAAACGCGUUUACGCCACACUCAUUCACACAAAAGUCAAUUGUGACGGAUACAAACCCGAAGGCAUCACAUAUCCCGCGGGUCACAUCCAACAGCGUCUCUUGCACCAAUUUUACGAAGAAUUGGGCUUGAGUCCUUUGGCUGUUAGUUACGUUGAAGCUCACGGCACAGGCACAAAUGUCGGCGAUCCCGAGGAAUGUGAAGCUAUCUAUCAAACUUUCUGCAAGGGGCGCAAGGAACCCUUACUUGUUGGCUCCGUCAAGUCGAGUAUUGGGCAUUCGGAGCCCGUUUCGGGAAUUUGUUCCAUCAUAAAAUGCAUUUUAGCACUUGAAUCGGGACAAAUUUCGCCAAAUAUCAAUUUUGAGGCGAUCAAGGAAGACAUUGCUCCGUUGCGCGAUGGACAUUUGAAGGUAGUUGAUGAGUUGACAGACCUUCCGGGACCAUUAGUGGCUUGCAGUUCGUUCGGUUUUGGCGGCGCCAAUGGGCAUGUGUUGCUGAAACAGAACCCGAAACGCAAAAUUAACUUUGGAAUUCCCGCUGAUGGACUUCCGCGAUUGGUUUGUUGGUCCGGCAGAACGGAGGAAAGUUGUAAUGUGAUCUUCGAUGAUGUCGUUAAGCGACCUUUGGAUGCGGAAUUCAUCGGAUUGUUGCAUAGUUGUCAGACAAAAUCGAUUCAGGCCAAUAUGUUCCGUGGUUAUGGGGUAUUUAGUCAAGAGGGAACGGAAAAUGCGGUUUGUGUUGGGCGUGAAGUUGAACGUGCCAAAGGUGUUUGUCCUCCGUUGGUGUGGGUUUAUUCCGGAAUGGGCUCACAAUGGACCCAAAUGGGAAGUUCGUUGAUGGCAUUGCCCGUUUUUCGUAAAUCUAUUGAAGAAUCGCAUCGAGUACUUGAGAAGAAAGGCUUGAAUUUGAUCGAAAUCAUCACAUCUGACGAUAAGAAGAUGUUUGACAAUAUUUUACACUCCUUUGUGGGCAUCGCCGCCAUUCAAAUUGGUUUAACAAACAUUUUGCGUGAGAUGAAUCUUGAACCAGAUUACAUUAUUGGUCAUUCCGUGGGAGAACUUGGAUGCGCUUAUGCCGAUAAUUGCUUGACAGCCGAAGAAAUGGUCCUUUGCGCGUAUUCCCGUGGCAUGGCAAGUCUCGAAACGAAAGUCGUACAUGGUUCAAUGGCAGCUAUUGGACUUGGUUACGAGAAAAUUCGACCACUUUUACCGGAAGGCAUCGAAGCGGCAUGUCACAAUGGUCCAAAUUCUUGCACAAUUUCGGGUCCCGCAGAUUUGGUUGCGAAAUUCGUCAAAGAACUCACCGAUAAAAAUAUUUUUGCUCGUGAGGUGCCGUGCUCGAACAUUCCGUAUCACAGUAAAUACAUUGCAGCGAUGGGUCCGAAGCUUCUCGAAAGAUUGGAGAAAGUUAUUACGUCGCCGAAGCAACGUUCCGCCAAAUGGCUCAGUACAAGUGUGCCACAAAGCAAUUGGGAUAGACCUGAAACGAAAAUUUGUUCGGCUGCAUAUCAAACAAAUAAUCUCUUGAGCUCCGUGUUGUUUGAGGAAACGAUGAGACUUUUGCCGGAAAAUGCAGUUACCGUGGAAAUUGCUCCUCAUGGACUGUUACAGGCGAUUUUGAAGAAAGCUAUGCCGGAAUCAUAUCAUAUAAGUUUAACACAACGGAAUAAUUUGAAUAAUAUCAACAUUUUAUUGGCUGGUUUGGGAAAAAUCUACCAUCAAGGCUACGAUAUUCCUGUGGAAAAACUUUAUCCUCCAAUAGAAUUUCCAGUUUCAGCAGGCACUCCAAUGAUUUCUCAUCUUAUCAAAUGGGAUCAUUCGACAGAUUAUUUACUUGUUAAAUUGGAUGGUGACAGUCGAGAACGAGGAGCAGAGCAAAAAUUCAAUAUUGUGCUUACGUCAAAGGAUUACGAAUACAUUUCGGGACAUAAAAUUGAUGGACGAAUCCUUUUCCCCGCCACUGGAUAUUUAUACCUCGCAUGGAACUCAUUUGCUCGUUUCAACAGCAAAGGCAGCGUUUGCACGGACCAACCUGUCGAAAUUUCCGACAUCAAAUUCGUUCGCGCAACGACUCUCCAAAAGGGCGCUACAGUAGUUUUUAGCGUAAUUUUGCAUCCAGGCACGGGUCGCUUCGAAAUCACAGAGUCCGAUGCAACUGUCGUUACAGGUCACAUCAAAGUCUUGGAAAAAUUCGCUGCAUCCCCAAUUCCCGAACGAAAAAAGAGCAAAAAUUCAGUCGUUCUAAAAACACCCGACUUUUACAAAGAACUCAAGCUCCGCGGAUAUCACUACGAUGGCGAAUUCAAGUCCGUACUAGAAGCCGACGGGAAUGCAUCUCGCGUUAAAAUCGCUUGGAACGACAAUUGGGUCGCUUUCAUGGACUGCAUGUUACAAAUCGGCAUAAUUGGCAUGGAUUCACGUUCGUUAAUGGUCCCCACGGGCAUCGAUAAAGUCCAGAUCGAUCCAAAAAUGUUCCUCGAAUCGAUUCAAACGAACGAAGAAGGUAAAAAUUACUUCGAUGUGCACAGCAUUCAAAGUUUGCAAGUGCUCCAAACGACGGGAAUCCGGAUGCAAGGCAUGAAAGCGAACACAAUUAUGCGACGAAAGCCUCCAGGCGAGCCAGUUUUGGAAAAUUAUCAAUUUAUUCCGUACAUUUUGCCGCAAAAUUUGAAUGUUUCCAACGCUUUGAGAGUUUUCGUGCAAUUGGGACUCGAAAUGGUGCCGAGCUACAAACUAAAAGUGCUUGAAAUUGGAGAUCAAACGUACCAACCUGUGAUUGGAUACAUCCAAAGUGCUUUAGAAGACCUUCCAAUGAUCUCGGCUGAACUAAUUCUUCUCUCGAAUGAACCAGAAUUAGAAAUUCCUGGCGUCACCGUGGAUUCUGAAACGGAUAUUUCGAAACACGCUGAUUGCUUAUUCAUUGUGGGCAGUAAUAUUGCAUCGGACUCAUCAAAGCUGGAAAAAGUGUCGCGUUCAUGCAAAGAUCGCGGUUUAAUAAUUUCAACGGAAAGUUAUGAUUUUGGGUCGACACCUUUGAACAUGUCAUCGAACUUUGAGCUGAUUUCCGUCGUUCCUGUCGAUGGAUAUUCUUUGGUUAUGAUCCAAUUUAUCAAAAAACGGGCGGAAAAAGUGGCGAAAUAUCUUCCAAUAUCGAUGAAAGACACGGAAUUCGAGUGGUUGGAAAAAGCUAAAGAAGCAAUAAAGCAAGGAACGGUCUAUUUCGUCGCUCAGAAUGAACCGCUUAAUGGCGUCAUUGGUUUCGUGAACUGCUUAAGACGUGAACCGAAGUCCGAUGCUGUUUGUAUUUUCAUCGACGAUAAAUCUGCGCCGCCUUUCGAUCCAGAAUUGCCCUUUUACAAGCAGCAAAUCGACAAAGGACUGCCGAUAAAUGUCUAUCGUGACGGAGUUUGGGGCAGUUAUCGUCAUUUACCUUUGAAUAAACGAAAUGAUCCGCAACCCCAAACCGGUCAUUGUUUCGCCAGUAGUUUAGUCAAAGGCGAUUUAUCGUCGCUCGCAUGGUUCGCAGGUCGUUUAGACAUAAAUCAAUCCGACAUCAUCAAAAUCCGCUAUUCCUCACUCAAUUUCCGCGAUGUCAUGAUCGCCACAGGCAAACUCGAUCUCAGUCAAAUGUAUACGCGACUCGAGGAAGACUGCAUCACGGGACUCGAAUUCUCCGGCAUCACGAAACAAGGCAAACGCGUCAUGGGAAUGGUACUUUAUGGCGCCAUGGCGACAUAUGUCGAGCCAAUGCACCAAUAUUUGUGGGAUGUUCCGCCGCAUUGGACCAUGGAGGAAGCAGCAACUGUCCCCAUUGUCUAUUCGACGGUUUAUGCGUCGUUUUUCAUCUCGGCAAAAAUUGAAAGUGGCAAGAAAAUUUUAAUUCAUGCGGGAACAGGAGGAAUUGGACUGUCGGCAAUUCGUGUGGCUUUCCAUUACGGAUUGGAUGUCUUUACGACAGUCAGUACGGAAGAGAAGAAACAAUAUUUGUUGAAUAUGUUCCCGCAACUGAAGGCGAGUCAUAUCGGAAAUUCAAGAGAUACGUCGUUUUAUGACAUGGUGAUGACAGAAACGGAUGGCGAAGGUGUCGAUUAUGUGCUGAACUCGUUGGCUGAUGAUAAACUUAUUACGUCGUUGAGAUGUUUGGCGGAGAAGGGACACUUUUUGGAAAUUGGAAAGUAUGACAUUUUGAAUGAUAGUAAGAUUGGCUUGGGGCACUUUAUGAAAAAUGUGACGUUCCAUGUUGUGAUGCUGGAUAAGGAUAUGCGGUAUGGAGAUAGGGAUUUAUUUACUAAUCUUCACAAAAUGAUCCAACGCGACAUCGACUCAGGCGUCAUCGUUCCCCUGAGAGCCACUGUCUUCGAAGCCAACGAAAUGGAAAAAGCUUUCAGAUAUCUCGCGAGUGCCAAACACAUGGGAAAAGUCUUACUCAAAAUCCGCGAAGACGAUUUCAAAGAAGAAACUGUCCCCAUCAUCAAAAACCCCAUGGUUUAUUUCAAUCCAAACCUAACAUACAUCAUUCCCGGAGGCUUGGGCGGUUUCGGAUUAGAACUCGCCGAUUGGCUUGUACUUCGUGGCGCUCGAAAACUUGUCUUAAGCUCCAGCAAGGGCAUCAGCAAACCCUAUCAAGAGUACCGAAUCAACUUGUGGCGCUCAUACGGAGCUCAAGUCACCGUCAGCACCGCAAACAUCAAAACAGCAGAAGGAUGUUUGGAUUUAAUUAAAACCGGCAUGAAAUUGGGACCCGUUGGAGGUAUUUUCAACCUUGCUGUCCUUUUGAGAGACAACAUUUUCGAGAAUCAAGAUGCCGAAAAGUUCAACGAAUCAUUUUCCGUGAAAGCAAAUGCCACGAAAUAUUUGGAUGAAAUUUCGCGAAAACUUUGUCCGCAACUCGAGCAUUUCGUAGUGUUCUCAUCCGUGUCAUGCGGCAGAGGAAAUGCCGGGCAAACGAAUUAUGGCAUGGCGAAUUCCGUUAUGGAGCGCAUUGUCGAGACACGAGUUCGUCACGGAUUGCCGGGAAAAGCGAUUCAAUGGGGAGCGGUGGGCGAAGUUGGUUUAGUCGCACAAAUGGCAGAAGAUAAAAUCGAUAUGGAAAUUGGAGGCACGUUACAACAACGAAUUUCGUCGUGUUUGCAAGUUCUUGAUGUUUUAUUGUCGUGUCCGGAUGCCGUUGUGGGCAGUAUGGUAGUUGCCGAGAAAAAAGCCCGCGCUGGAUCGGGAAUUUUGGAUACUGUGAUGAACAUUAUUGGCAUAAAAGACACAAAAUCGAUCCCGAUGGACCAAAAAUUAUCGGAAGUUGGCAUGGAUUCGCUGAUGGCAGUCGAGAUCAAACAAACGCUCGAACGAGAUUACGAAUUAAUUUUAUCGCCGCAAGAUUUGAGAAAUUUAACGUUGCAAAGUCUCAUCGAUAUGACGAACAAAAAAACUGUCGAGACUGAGGAAAGUGCCGCUCAGGGAAAAGCUCAAGGAUUGGCUUUACUUUUCAGAAAUCUCGGCGACGAAGAAGGUUCCGACAAACUAAUCGUAAAAUUAAACACUUUGAAACAAAGUCGGGACUGCGCAAUAAUUUUCCCCGGUGUCGAAGGCGUUGCGGGAAAAGUUUGGUACGAUUUAGCCGCCAAAUUGAACUUUUCCGCUGCAAUUGUGCAAUAUUUCAACACUUCCGCACGCAACAUUGACGACAUCAUCGACGAUAUUAUGGGAAAAAUCCAAGAAGAAGUCAUGAAAGGAAGUGAUAAUUUCACCGUUAUUGCUUACUCGUUCGGAUCUGUUCUCGCAUUGGCUCUGGUAAGCAAAUUAGAAGAACUCGGCAUCAAAGGAAAACUCGUGAUCAUUGAAGGAUCUCCAAUUUACUUGCAAAAAUCCCUGCAAAAUUCGAUUUCGUCCCCGACAAUGGCAGAAAUUGAAUUUUAUUGUGCCUGUAUUUGCAUGAGUUACAUCGAGCCCAGCAAGUCACAGGAAAUGUUGAUGAAAUGCAAGUCUUACGACGAAAUGAUCGAAUAUAUAAUCACCGAGGGAAAGGAUUCGCCGUAUUCCGAGGAUUACGCACGUCGCAUGAUGCAUUUAUUGCUGAAACACGUGAACAUCACUUAUAAUUUAACGGAUGAGAGUUUCCGAAAAAUUAAAACGAAUAUCACGUUAAUUCGUGCCAGUGACCCAAUGUGCCUCGAAAUUGAUGAAGAUUAUGAAUUAUCGAAAUUGACAUCGGGAGACGUCACUUUGAAAUGCAUCGAAAGCAAUCACAUGACAAUUUUGGAUACAGAAGAUUUGGCUGAAGUUUUGAACGAAUUAUUGCAAUAAAAUUUA